UCAGCAGAAUAAUCUAUGACCUGGUUUUUUUCCCUCUUAGGAAAAGAUUCGGGUUCUCUCCAGACAGCAACACAUGCAGCUCUGCUCGAAACCUUAAACUCCAACUUGGCUGCGUUAGAGGAGAAGCUGGGGCAGGAUCUGCAGUGGAACGAGCUGCGAAGCUUGCGAGCUGAAGUCGGAGAGCAGGCUGCGUGGCUGGAAAGCUCCACCGAUGUGACCUGGCAUUUUACUUCCCAAGUCCUGCUGUUACUGCUGUGCCUGAAAAAGUGCAUGAGCCUCCUCGCUGCUGCUUGCCAGCCAGCCAAGCCUAACCCGAGGACGGCCGAAGCUGCUCCGCCGCUCAGUCCUGACACACUCAGUAUCUCCCAGCAGAAGACUGUUCAGUCGGCUUUGCAGUUUGUGGUUACCUUGGGCCUCUGUCCCUACCUCUUACCGGGGGUUGGAGUCCCGCUGAAGCACAGGACAGAGUUCAGCGCCGUUGUUCGAGAUGUGGUAUCUCCCGACGCUGCCCCCUGUGCUACGCACAGGCUCUAUGCCAGCUGCACUGCUUUGGUGCAGAUUGCCCAGCACCCCGCUUUGGGCAGCCUCAUCCUUACCCGCCACCUUGGGGAUCUCAUAGCAGGUCUGUGCCAGCUAGGUUUCUGCCCGGCGAAAGGAAAGGCUGAGCAAGCCAGGCUGCUGCAGAGCCUUACCGAAGAGAAGCGAGCCCGCUGCAGAGAGGCCUUGCAGAGCGUCUUGGAUCGAGUCUACCAACCUCUAGUAGUCCGGGAACUGCUUGUCCUUCAGGGUGGAUCUAAACAGGGCUUGCAGUCCCCUGGACAAGAGGUGAAGCAGCCGCUUGCCCAAGCCCCAGCGUGGCUUCGGCGUCUCUGUGGACAGCUGCUCUCGGAGAGGCUGAUAAGACCCAAUGGGGUUCAGGCUGUUGUUCGGGGCAUCGUGGAGGGAGCAGGAACUGGGGCAGCUGGCGGCGGCAGUGCUGAAGCAGCAGCGGCCGACUGGAGAAAGUGUGACCUAGUUGCUAGGAUCCUGUCCUCCUGUCCUCAGCAGUCUCUGUCCCUGGAGGAUUACUACCGACAGGUGUGCCCACAGAUUCUAGACCUGUUGCAUAUUCAGGAUAAGUUGACGGCUCGCCAGUUCCAGAGAGUUGCCACCACUGCCCUUCUCACUAUGGCCAGCGAACACCCUCAGCUGGCAGCGAAAUACCUGCUGCAGCCUCUGCUAGCGCCACUUCUGCAGUGCUUGGAUAUGGCAGAGAUGGCAGUGGACGACUUACCUGCGGGGACCAUGCUGGUGAAAGAGGCAGAGCUCAGCCGCUGCGUGGAAGAUGUGUUCAAGGUGUACGUGGCUGGGAACCAGCCCUCUGGCGUGUUGCUGGAAUCCUUGCAGCCGGCCCUGGGAGGGAUUUUCUCACUCUACUGUUUCACCAAGCAGAACGUGUCGCACCUGCGGUCACCGUGCCAGGAGAUCUUGCUCUGGGUCCUGGAGAAGUCCGAGCGAGAGGUGGCCCUCUCCGUGCUGGCCGGUUCUCCAUCCGCUGUGCCAUCCACUUCCAUUGCGCUCCAUCCGCUGUGCCAGUUUCAAGUAGCUGAUGGCGGUGGUGCCAUGGUCACUGUCAAAGAGCCCGUCAGCGACGAGGACGAGGCGCUCUACCAGAGGGUCUCCGCGGAGCAGUGGCGGGCGGAGCAGUUGGUGGACCUGUUGGCUCACUGCCAGGAGAGCGGCUUAGCUGGAGACUUUUUCAUUUGCUGCUUAAAGGAGCUGACCCGUGUGGCGGCCGAGGACGAGGCUGGCUUGGAGGCCAGGCCCCUCUCCGGUGCGAGCCGGGCGGAGCUGGAGCAGUGCCACCCUCAGCACCCCGAGGGGCAGGAGAAGCAGCUGCUUGUUCUGCAGCUGGUGGCCACGCUGUGUGAGCGCGUCUCGGACACCGUGUUCACGGACGUUGCACAGGUGGUGGCGUUCGUGGCAGCUACGUUGCAGCGGGCAUGUGCCAGUCUGGCCCAGGGCUCCGAGGGCACAGUGGAAGCGCAGACUCUGAGCAUGGCCAUGGGACUAGUGGCUGCCAUGCUCGGAGGGGCAGUGCAGCUGAAAUCGGGCGACUUCGCUGUCCUAAAGCAGUUGGUGCCCCUGUUGGAGGAGAUUUCCCACGUUCACCCGGAACCCGUCAUCCAGGAGCUGGCUGCCGAUCUGCGCAUCACCAUCUGCACCCACGGCGCCUUCUCCACCCCCACAGUCGGCACUGCUGCCCAGAGUGCCCUGGGGAAAACAGCAGGGGCAAGCUGGUCGGGAGGUCAGGCCCACGGAAGAGCCGAGGAUGCAGCAGCUGCGCUCAGCCCGGGACAGCCGCGGAGUGCUGAGAGUGCCAGCCACACAAGCAGAAACCCCACUCCCAAAGGAGAGGAUGGGGCCUCCACCACGCAGACGCAGUGCCCUGCUGGGACGCCUCCACAAGAGCUCCAGGAGCUCCUCUUAUCUGCCUACGACCCCGAAAUCCCCGUCCGGGCAGCUGCCCUGCGGAGCCUCUCCCGCUUGAUAGAGCAGAGGGACCCAGGCGGACUUGGGGCCCAGGAGAAACUCCUCAAGGUGUUCCUGGAGAACAUGGAACAUGAGGACUCCUUUGUGUAUCUCUCUGCUAUCCAAGGGAUUGCCCUUCUGUCGGACGUGUACCCGGAGCAGGUCCUGCCCUGCCUGCUGGCCCAGUAUGGUGGCACUUCGCCGGGCGCUGCAGGACCCCACACUGCAGAGACCAGGAUGAAAGUGGGCGAGGUGCUGAUGCGGGUAACCCGGGCACUGGGGGACAUGGCCUGCCACUACAGCGCUCCCCUGGUGCAAGCCUUCUUGAGGGGAGCCAGAGACCCGGACGGCACCCUGCGGGCUAGCAGCCUGUCCAACCUGGGAGAGCUGUGCCAGAGGCUCCACUUCCGGCUGGGCUCCGUGGCGCAAGAGGUGACCUCCUGCUUGACAGCCGUGGCGAAGACAGACCCGGAGGCUGAAGUCCGAAGAGCUGCCGUCCACGUGGUGGUGCUGCUGCUCCGUGGGCUCAGUGACAGAGCCACUGAGGUUCUCCGGGACGUGCUGCGGGACCUCUACCGCCUGCUGAAGUGGGUGCUGUGCUGUGAGCGUGACGAGGUGGCCGUGCUUCACGCCCGGCUGGCCCUGGAGGAGCUCGACGACGUCGUGAGGAGGGGCUUGUUCCCCCCACAAACCCUGGAGAAAAAGCUCGUGGUCCUGCCUUAGCAAGACGGGGGUUUGCUGGGGAGAGCGGCCAGGAGGCCCUCCCGGCAGGACUUCCCCAGCCUCUCCCUCGCCCCUCUCCUCUGGGCUCGCGGAGAGCGUUCCAUGCAGCAGAGGAUGCUACAGGCCCGAGGUGCCUGCCCCAGCUCCAGGGCCUCUCUGUGCCAGCAGGGAAUCUGCAGGUCAGAGACCAAGGUGAGGGCUCCCUGCCCGUGCCGACUGCAGCCGUGCCCUGGGCCAGCACAGCUCCAGGGCACCUCCUCCCAGGAAGCUGCUUUUACAGUGAAGCCAAAUCUACUGACCUCGACGCGCAGGGCAGAACAGGCAAAAGCCAUUUGCUCUGCCCUCGGGUGCACGUUUGUCAGGCCUGCGGCCGGCUCCUGGCAGCGAGGGGGCAGGGCCCGGG